GAAUAAGACACAGUGGUGGUACAGCGAGCAGGGGCAGGCGUAAGCGGGUGGCCUGGAAUGUGCUUCCUGGGCAGGUGACCCGACCAGACGCUCCGCGGCGACACUUCCGCUGUCACCCACCGGUCGGGUCGGGUCCUCACCGCGGUCGGACCGGUGGACGGCAGGACAACUCUCCCGCCAGUCUGUGGUCCAGGAAUGCAGGGACACUUGCACAGGUGAAUUCGGAGCGACAGGCAGAGACAAGCAAAGGGAAGUGACACGUGGAGAGGUCAGGUGUGCGCACCCACCGGCCGUGUUUACCGGAAAGACCGUGCUUCCCGAUGGCUUUGCCCACUCCCUCUGCGUGGGGACACGAGACCGAAUGGACUUUUGGGGCCACGAGAGGCGAAGGGAGAAGAGGGGGAGGGAUCCAUUUCUCCGCAGGUGACGGUCCGGGUCUCCGCGCUGCGCGGCGGGCGGCACUGCCGGGACCGGGGCGGUGGCACGGGGGUCACCGUGGCUGCCGGGGCUUUUUCUAGAGGAGUGGGUGGGAAUGCUGAGUCACGGAUCUGUCACUACUUCUCACCUCUCCCCAGCCCUCCGGGGGCUAAAGCAAAAGCGAAAGCGAAUGCGACUCUCGGGACGGCCCGUCCCGGGAGCUGCACCCUCCACCUCCUCCCGGAGCGUCCGGCAUCUGCACUCGCAGGCAGCCGGGCGCCCCAGCCUGCGCGAGCCCGAAAGGUGGCCGGCGAGGGCGCGGCGGAGGGUAAGGCCAUGGCCUGCCUGCGGCUCCGCGGCUGCCGGAUCAGCGACUUCUCGGGGCUGCUCUUGCUGCUGCUGCUCUGGCCGCCGGUGACGCCAGGUACCACCUGUUCUACUCCCAAAUCUAUUGAACAUGCAGACAUCCAUGUCAAGAGUUACAAUGAGAACUCCAGGGAGCGGUAUAUUUGUAACUCUGGUUUCAAGCGUAAAGCUGGUACGUCCAGCCUGACUAAGUGCCAGCGUGACGAGGUCACAAACAUUACCCAGUGGACAACUCCCACUCUCAAGUGCAUCAGAGACCCCUCCCUGACUCACCAAACGACACCCUCCACAGUAGCAACAGCAGGGGUGACCCCAGAGCCAGAGAGCCCCUCCCCUCCGGGAAAAGAGCCAGCUUUCACUUCCAUGUCAGACGCCACAGUGGCCACAAAGCCAGCUAUUGUACCAGGCUCCUGGCUGGUGCCGUCCAAACCUCCUUCUGCAGGAACCACAGGGGUAGUCAGGGAUGAGCCCUCCCAAGUCCCAUCUCAGACAACAGCAAAUGCCAUGGAACACACUCCCGCUGCCUCGCCUGAGAAGCCAGGUACAUAUUCAUACGAUUAUUCCAGAACUGUCGCUGUGUCAGUCUCCAUACCUGUCGCUGUGCUUUGUGGAGUAUGUGUGGUAUUUCUUGUGGCACACUACGCAAAAUCAAGGCAAACUCCCAGGACACCCAGUGUUGAAAUGGAAAAUACGGAAGAUAUGCCGAUGACUGGAGGGACCAGUGGCAGACAGGAUACAGAAAACUACCCCAUGGCCUAGGAAACUCCAGGGGAGACCAGGGCCAGCAGGGCUACAGUGAAGACGCCAACUUUGCUCUGGCCAAAGGAGACCUCGAAAAUCCUCAAGGAGUUGGGUGCCAGGGUAAAGCCCGCCAGGAUGAUAAAAUGUCCUUAUUGACUGUGCCCAGCCUAGGUGCCACCUGUGUGAACAGGUUCUCCUAGCCUAGGAUGGAAGCUCACUGCCUGCUCUGCGCCCCCUCAGGUGUAGGGCCCAGCUCCCAAAGUCCCAGCAUUGAGGGCGUCAGGUCUUCCUAUCAGGGCUUUUAUUCCUUUAUGACAUUUAUUCAGGAUAGCUUAUCAGCUUGACUAUCUCUUCCGUUCCUCAUCCUGACUUGCAGUUUACAAAGAAAAGAAAUAUACCUGAGGCUCUAAGUGAAUUUUACGUAGGCUCCUUCUGCCUCCGGAGAUGUCUACAAGGAUGUCAUCGGCAUUUCAGCUCCUAAAACUCUCUCCCGUUAGGUGCGCUGCAUGCACUUAAAAGGGAGCCAAGAGAUACCAUGCCCAAUGAAUCUUCUUAAGGAUUUAGGAAAAAAACGGAACUCAGUGACAUUUUCCAUAUAUAUAUAUAUGCAUUUAUAUUUAUACUUCUUUGUCUAUUGUAUCUACAUAUUACUAUAUGAUUUGUAUUUUGAAAUUGUGCCUUG